UUUGCUUUCUGAAGUGGUUAGAAGGGAGAAAGAAGUUGGAAUUUUACCAGAGGCUGAAGUAGACCUUUUCAUGAAAGCAACAUCCCUGGGAGGUGUCCGAAGUAGCCUUCAGACUGAUUAUACUCUCAAGAUACUUGGUUUGGAUAUUUGUGCAGAUACUAUUGUAGGAGAUGAAAUGUUUAGGGGAAUUUCUGGUGGACAGAAGAAACGUGUUACAACUGGUGAGAUGAUUGUCGGACCAACAACAACUCUUUUGAUGGACGAAAUAUCCACAGGCCUAGAUAGUUCUACAACGUAUCAAAUCGUGAAGUGCCUGCAGCAAUUUUGUACCAAUAUGAAUGCAACCAUUCUCAUGUCUUUGCUUCAGCCUGCUCCAGAAACAUAUGAAUUAUUUGAUGACGUUAUGCUCCUUUCAGAAGGGCAAAUUGUCUACUAUGGACCAAGAGAAAAUGUUCUUGAAUUUUUUGAGAGUUGUGGAUUUAAAUGCCCUGAGAGAAAGGGCACAGCAGAUUUUUUACAAGAGGUAACUUCACUCAAGGACCAAGAGCAUUAUUGGGCUGACAGGGAAAUGCCAUAUCGCUAUAUCUCUGUGAAGGAAUUUGUGGAGAUGUAUAAGAGAUUUCAUGUAGGAACAACACUCUCCACCCAAUUAGCAGCUCCAUAUGACAAGCUUACAAGCCACAAAGCAUCAUUGAUUUUGAACAAAUACGCAGUCCCAAAAAUGGAGCUGUUCAAGGCCUGCUUUGAUAAAGAAUGGCUUCUCUUCAAACGUAAUUCGUUCAUUUACAUAUUCAAGACUUUACAAAUUACUUUUCUAGCAUUUGUAGCAGUUACAAUGUUCCUGAGAACUCGAAUGCACCAGAGAAACGAAGAAGAUGCAAACUUAUAUCUUGGAGCCCUUUUUUUCACCCUGCUUGUAAACAUGUUCAAUGGCGCUUCUGAGCUCCAAUUCACACUUGCCAGACUACCAGUAUUUUUUAAGCAACGAGACCUUCUGCUAUAUCCUGCAUGGUCUUUCUCUCUCCCCACCUUAUUGUUGAGUAUUCCAAUCUCACUUCUCGAAUCAACCGUUUGGGUGGUCAUAACUUACUACGGAAUAGGAUUUGCUCCUGAACCUGGGAGGUUUUUCCGGCAAUUACUUCUACUAUUUUGCGUGCAUCAGAUGUCAUCGUCUAUGUUCAGAAUGCUAGCAGGAAUCUGCAGGACACAUGCAAUGGCUAAUACUGCAGGAGCACUCAGUUUGCUCAUAAUUUUCAUGCUUGGAGGAUUCAUUAUUCCUAAAGAUAGUCUUCCCAAUUGGUGGAAGUGGGGUUACUGGUGCUCCCCAUUAGUGUACGCCCAAAAUGCCAUUGUUUUGAAUGAGAUGCUUUCUCCCAGAUGGAAUAAAAGCACAGAUGCUUCACCAAACUUGGCACUUGGUGUUCUUGAGAGGCGUAGCAUCAUCCCUAGAGGAUACUGGUAUUGGAUAGGAAUUGCCGCUUCAUUGGGCUUUUCAGUCCUCUUCAACUUCUUAUUCACAAUGUUUCUUGCAUAUCUGAAACCACCUGGAGAGCAUCAGGCUGUACUCUCAGAAGAAAAGUUGGCUAAACAAGGGACAGGGUCCGAUGAUAUCACAGAGGAUCAAGAACCCCAAUUUCUUCCAUCAAGAUCCAAAAGAAGAUCCUUUCAACGGCUUCCCUCAAAAGAUGGAAAUAAUACGGUAGAAAUGCAGAUCCAUCGCAUGAAUAGCAAAACAAUAAAAUCAGAGAUAAAUUCUGUAGAUUUGGAAGCAGUAGCUGGUGUUUCUCCAAAGCAAGGAAUGAUUCUUCCAUUCACACCAUUGGUAUUGUCUUUCAUUGGCGUGGAUUACUCCGUUGACAUGCCUCCGGAAAUGAAAAACCAGGGAGUAACAGAGGACAGACUCCGACUACUUCAUGAUGUGACCGGGGUAUUUAGGCCAGGAGUUCUCACUGCUUUAAUGGGGGUCAGUGGGGCUGGAAAGACAACACUUAUGGAUGUAUUGGCUGGAAGGAAAACCGGUGGAUAUAUUGAGGGAGAUAUUAGAAUAUCUGGAUUUCCCAAAAAGCAAGAAACAUUUGCUCGAAUCUCUGGUUAUUGUGAGCAGAAUGAUAUACAUUCUCCACAAGUAACAGUAAGAGAGUCAUUAAUAUAUUCUGCAUUUCUUCGCCUUCCAAAGGAGAUUGAUGACAACACCAAAAUUGCUUUUGUUGAUGAGGUUAUGGAACUGGUAGAGUUGGAUAAUUUAAGGAAUGGACUGGUAGGUCUGCCUGGUGUGACUGGGCUGUCAACAGAACAAAGAAAACGAUUAACAAUCGCUGUGGAGCUCGUUGCAAAUCCAUCAAUUAUUUUUAUGGAUGAGCCAACUUCAGGACUAGAUGCCAGGGCAGCAGCUAUAGUAAUGAGGACUAUACGUAAUACAGUUGAUACAGGAAGAACUGUUGUCUGUACUAUUCACCAACCUAGCAUUGACAUUUUUGAAGCUUUUGACGAGCUGCUCCUAAUGAAAAGAGGUGGCCAAGUCAUUUAUGCAGGACCCUUAGGUCAAAACUCUGCUAAGGUGAUUGAGUAUUUUGAGGCUAUUCCUGGAAUAACAAAAAUAAAGGAUAAAUAUAAUCCUGCUACAUGGAUGCUAGAAGUGAGUUCUACUGCUGUUGAACUUCGUGAGGGAGUAGACUUUGCUGAACUCUACAAGAACUCAACUCUGUGCAAGAGGACUCAUUUAUUAGCAAAAGAGCUUAGUACUCCAACUUCUGGUGCAAGUGAUCUUUAUUUCCCUGACCGAUAUUCACAAUCAUUCUUUGCACAGUUCAAGUCUUGCCUGUGGAAGCAAAGGUGUUCGUACUGGAGAAAUCCAGAAUACAAUUGUGUCAGAAUUAUAUCAACUAUUAUUAUUGGUAGUAUAUUCGGAUCUAUAUUUUGGAAAGCUGGUGCAAAACGAGAUACCAAUGUAAAUCUCCUUAGCAUCAUUGGGGGCAUGUAUUCAGCAGUUCUGUUCGUAGGAGCACUCAAUAGUGCAACAGCGCAGCCUGUGGUUGCAAUUGAGAGAACAGUUUUCUACAGAGAAAGGGGAGCAGGAAUGUACUCUGCUAUGCCAUAUGCUUUGGCACAGGUGGCCAUUGAGAUACCAUAUGUGCUUGUCCAAACAAUUGCUUAUGUCAUUCUUGUUUACAGCAUGAUUGGCUUUGAAUGGGUGGCUCGCAAAUUCUUCUUGUUCUUACUCAUAAGUUUCCUUUCAUUUCUCUAUUUUACCUAUUAUGGCAUGAUGGCAGUCUCUGUUACACCUAACCAGCAAAUGGCUGCAGUUGUCGGUGCAGCCUUCUAUUCUCUAUUCAAUCUCUUUUCAGGCUUCUUCAUUCCUAGAAAGAGUAUCCCAAAAUAUUGGAUUUGGUACUACUGGAUCUGUCCAGUGGCAUGGUCAGUUUAUGGACUCAUUAUUUCUCAGUAUGGAGACGUCACUGAUCUCAUAGAAGUAGAUGGGAAGAAGCCAGGACAACCACUAAACCAGUAUGUGGAAGAAACUUUCGGAUUUAACAAGGAUUUCAUGGGUCCUGUUGUUGCAGUUCUUGUGCUCUUUACUGCGUUCUUUGCAUUUAUGUUUGGCUUUUGUAUCAAAGUGUUAAAUUUCCAGAAUAGAUAAGGAGCUGGAAGAAAUUUGAAUUUUAUGUUUGGCUUUUGUAUCCAAAUGUUAAAGAUCCCGAAUAGAUAAGGAGUUGGAAGAAAUUUGAAUUUUGAUAUGCAUUCAGAUGCCACUAUCCUUAGCAGCAAAUGUGCCCUUGGAAUAGCUUUUGCAAGCAUCUUGAUCCAAGUUGCAAAAUUCAAGUGUCCCAACCACAUCCUCUAACCUCAGCAAAAAGAUCCAAAAAAGAAAUACUAUGAUCUAUAGCCUGAUCCAGCAUAAAUAAAGACUAUAUUAAUAUCUGAAGUUACGGUAUGAUUCAAGUCAUAUGCAAACUUUUACCAUUAUGGUUAUUGAUCUGUUCAUUCACCAUUGUGGCAAAGUGGAAGCUCUUGCAGCUUUCAUCAAUUAUUUGUUUGAAUAUGGUAGUUUCAAUAAUAAUGUAAUUAAUUUACUUAUCAUCUUUAUAUCACAGUUUAGAAGAACUGUGAUGUUGUCACCAAGUUUACAGAACAUA